CUCUUCACUGCUUGAUAGAUUGUAGAUGCCAGGAGUCAGGGGGCCUGCACCUGUCUCCGUGUCACCCCUGUGUCCUCCAAAGAGCAGGCACACUAUAGGGCUCACCUGCUUGAGGAAACAGGAACUGCCUCGGGGCAGCCAGCUCCGCCCCAUUGACGUGCAGACCUUGAAUCGAAACCCAGGCUCCUGCAGGCACUGGCACAGCUACAGCGAGGGCCUCGGCCAUCCAAGGGUCUCCCAGGUGACCUUCCCUCCACCCCAGGAAGCUAUGACAGAGGCCAGGAAGCCGCCCCUACCGCUACCCCCACGGCUGGACUGGUUUGUGCACACCCAGGUGGGCCAGCUGGCCCAAGACGGGGUCCCCGAGUGGUUCCAUGGUGCAAUCUCAAGAGAGGAUGCUGAGAACUUGCUGGAGUCACAGCCACUGGGAUCCUUUCUCAUCAGGGUCAGUCACAGCCAUGUGGGCUACACACUCUCCUACAAAGCCCAAAGCAGCUGCUGCCAUUUCAUGGUGAAGCUCUUGGAUGAUGGGACUUUCAUGAUCCCCGGGGAGAAGGUGGCCCACACCUCGCUGGAUGCCUUGGUCACCUUCCACCAGCAGAAGCCAAUUGAGCCGCGCAGGGAGCUGCUGACACAGCCCUGCAGGCAGUGGCCGAGGAAGCUGCCUGCCCGGUGUCUGCCCCUGAGGAGCGGACUUCCCAAAAAUGUUCCCCCAAAUCCUAUUUACUUAUGGGUUUACAUGCUCCCUGGCUGCCUUCCCAAUCAGACUGUGAGCUCUGAGAGACUGGAGACUCCAUCUGGCUUGUUUGCCUUUGCUUCUCCCACCCCUCUGAGAGGACCUGCCAUAUUGAAGGCCUCCCCAAAGCCAGUCCUGUGUCACCAAUCAAAGGAAAGGAAGCCGUCAACAGAGAUGGACGGAAUAAGCACCGAGGAAGCCACUUCCUCCUGCCCCCCAAAAGCCCCUCUUGGAGAGACCCGCCAGAAACUCUGGAGGAGCCUCAAAAUGCUUCCCCAGAGAAGCCAGAGGGUCCGGCAGCAGCUAAAAAGCCACCUCGCCACUGUGAACUUGUCAUCACUCUUGGAUGUCCGGAGAUCCACGGUGAUCUCAGGCCCUGGGACCGGAAAAGGCAGCCAAGAUCACUCAGGGGAUCCCACCUCGGGGAACAGCGGCUACACGGAUCUCCAUGUGGCCACAUCUCUCAAAAGCCCCUCACAGCCCCAGGCACCAAAAGACAGAAAGGUCCCCACCAGGAAGGCCGAGAGGUCGGCCAGCUGCAUUGAGGUGACCCCAGGGGACAGGAGUUGGCACCAAAUGGUAGUGAGAGCCCUAUCCUCCCAGGAGUCCAAGCCAGAGCACCAGGGCUUGGCAGAGCCUGAGAACGACCAGCUCCCGGAGGAGUACCAACAACCGCCACCCUUUGCCCCUGGGUACUGCUAGAGAACAGGUCCACCCUGGCUCUGGGACUCUUGCUGCCAGGGGCUGCCACACUCCUGAAUGUCCUAACAUUUCUUCCAUGGCCCCACACCAUGGCAUCCGGGAGUCUUCGGGAACCCGGGAAAUAGAAUAAAGAUGUUUUUGGGGUCUGUUCCUGCACUCACCCAUGGGGUGAGCUGGUUAUUUUAGCAAUAAUCAUCAGAGUGACGCUGAUGGUUUGGGGCGCCACGUGUACAUCAGCCCCGGUGCCAGACCCUCUAUUCAUUAUUUUAUGCCUCAGAGCAAGGCCCUCAGGGAGGGUCAUCCUCCAUGUUUUGAAGAAGAGACUGAGGUUCAGAGAGGACCAAGGCCACAGAGUUAUGCGUGUCAGCACCAGGAUUUGAAGCCAGGUGAAUCCGAGCCCUUUUCCCACAUCAUCUGUUUGUCCUGUUGUCUAAAAGCACGCUGCAGGCCGGGCGCAGUGGCUCAUGCCUGUAGUCCCAGCACUUUGUGGGGCCGAGGCAGGCAGAUCGCUUGAGGCCAGGAGUUCGAGACCAGCCUGGCCAACAUGGUGAAACCCCGUAAAAAAUUCAAAAAUUACCCGGACGUGGUGGCACAUGCCUGUAAUCCCAGCUACUUGGGAGCCUGAGGCAGGAGAAUCACUUGAACCCAGGAGGCAGAGGUUGCAGUGAGCUGAGAUCGCAUCACUGCAGUCCAGCCUGGAUGACAGAGUGAGAUUCCAUCUCAAAAAAUAAAUAAAUAAAAAUGAAAUAAAAAAAUAAAA